GCGGGGGCAGGCACCGACGCCUGUGGGACCCGGUUCCGGGAGGGGACACCUCGGGGGCGCGCGUGGGAGGAGACGGGGGCGCGGCCGGGCCCAGAGCGGCCUGAACUUUUGCUCCCCGCCCCCUCCUCCUUCCUCUCGGCCCUCCGCCCCUGCUCCCGCCCAGCUGCGGGCCGUGGCUCCGGAGGCGGCGGGACUCGGGAGUUGCCGGCGCUUCUCGGCGGUGGCGUCCCCCGCCGGCUGGGCGCGACGAGCGGAGCGCGGCAGGUAAUCUGACAUUUUAAAGAUUUUGCUCCCCCCACCCCCGAGGAGGAAACAUUUUAAAGGAGUGUGGGAUGUAGAAGAAGAAAUCUUCAUGGGGCUCUCCAAGGAUGGCGUGCCGACCUGUGCCUCACUGAGACCAUGAGCCCUUCCGAUCUCCUGAGUGUCUCCAUGUCCUCCAGUGAGAAAUCUUACACUUCAUUUUGUGCCAUGGGAAAAACCUGAAGGACAGAUAGACUCGCUCCCACACUUUGGGGCCUUUUCCAAGCUUGCAGGGCUGCUUACAGAACAUGACAGUAGGAGAGCACCUCUUUCUGUUGUCUUUUGGAGUUGAACCAAAGAAGGCCCUUCCUCUUUCUCCAGGGCUUUGGUGCCUGCUCAUUUUUAUAUUCUAUUUGUGUCUGUUGCUUGUGCCUUAAGACCAUCUUAUCUAAUCAAAAGACAUCCUUAAAGUUUUUCCAGCACUACUUGCACGCAUCCGGGCUCCCCAGGGGCUCGCCCAUGGCUCUGGGGGCCAGCCAUCCAAGGGCAUUACCAUGAGGCACUGUAUUAAUUGCUGCAUCCAGUUGUUGCCCAACAACGAGCACAAACAGCAGGUCGGCUGCGGAGGGGGUCCCCUUCACGGUCACCCCGAGUGUCCCGCCUGCAAAGGAGAGAACAAAAUUGUGCUCCGCGUAGACGGUAAGCAGAUGAACUUGCUUGCUGUCCUCGAGGUGAGGGCCGAGGGGAAUGAGAACUGGGGCAGGUUUCUGCGCUUCAAGAAGGGGAAGCGAUGCAGCCUCGUGUUUGGAUUGAUGAUCAUGACCUUGGUGAUGGCAUCUUACAUCCUUUCUGGAGCCCACCAAGAGCUUCUGAUCUCCUCGCCUUUCCAUUACGGAGCCUUCCCCAGCAAUCCCAGCCUGAUGGAUGGCGAGAACUCGAGUGACACGAAAGAACAUCACCACCAGCCCUCUGUAAAUAAUAUUUCAUAUGUGAAAGACUACCCAAGCAUUAAAUUAAUUAUUAACAGCAUCACCGCCAGGAUUGAGUUCACGACCAGGCAGCUCCCAGACAGAGAAGAUCUCAAGAAGCAGGAAUUGCACAUGUUUUCGGUAAUCCCCAAUAAAUUUCUUCCAAAUAGCAAGAGCCCCUGUUGGUACGAGGAGUUCACGGGCCGCAACACCACCGACCCGUACCUGACCAACUCCUACGUGCUCUACUCCAAGCGCUUCCGCUCCACCUUCGAUGCCCUGCGCAAGGCCUUCUGGGGCCACCUGUCGCACGCCAGCGGGAAGCACUUCCGCCUCCGCUGCCUGCCGCGCUUCUACAUCAUCGGGCAGCCCAAGUGCGGCACCACCGACCUCUACGACCGCCUCCGGCUGCACCCGGAAGUCAAGUUCUCCGCCAUCAAGGAGCCGCACUGGUGGACCCGGAAGCGCUUUGGGAUUGUCCGCCUGAGAGAUGGGCUUCGGGACCGCUACCCUGUGGAAGAUUACCUGGACCUCUUUGACCUGGCCGCACACCAGAUUCAUCAAGGCCUGCAGGCCGGCUCUGCGAAGGAGGAGAGCAGGAUGACUAGGAUCCUUAUCGGGGAGGCCAGCGCUUCCACCAUGUGGGACAACAACGCCUGGACCUUCUUCUACGACAACAGCACGGACGGUGAGCCGCCCUUCCUGACCCAGGACUUCAUCCACGCCUUUCAGCCCGACGCCAAGCUGAUCGUCAUGCUCAGGGACCCUGUAGAGAGGUUGUACUCUGACUAUCUCUACUUCGCAAGUUCGAAUAAAUCUGCCGAUGACUUCCAUGAAAAAGUGACAGAAGCUCUGCAGCUGUUUGAAAAUUGCAUGCUCGAUUAUUCCUUGCGUGCCUGCGUCUACAACAACACGCUCAACAACGCCAUGCCUGUGAGGCUCCAGGUCGGUCUGUAUGCCGUGUACCUCCUGGACUGGCUCGCCGUCUUUAACAAAGAACAGUUUCUCAUCCUCCGCCUGGAAGACCACGCGUCCAACGUCAAGUACACCAUGCACAGGGUCUUCCAGUUCCUCAACCUCGGGCCCUUGGGGGAGAAACAGGAGACCCUGAUGACAAAGAGCCCCGCGUCCAAUGCGCGGCGACCCGAGGACCGGAACCUGGGGCCCAUGUGGCCAGUCACCCAGAGGAUCCUGCAGGACUUCUACGGGCCCUUCAACACCAGGCUGGCCCAGGUGCUCGCCGACGAGGCGUUCGCCUGGAGGAAGACCUGAGGCCGAGCUCCCUCAGCGGGUUCCACUGCGCCACCAUGGGAGCGUGUCUUCGGGGGCGGGCAGGGGGGCCCUUUCACUCACAGCCUGGAGAAAACCCUGGGAUUCCUCUUCCCCUCCCUAGGCACGUGUGUAGUAUAAGCAUUUGUUGUGUGGGAUAACCUGGCGACUGACCCUCACAAAGCUCCUCUGUCCGAAGCCACUGGAAACCCCACUUGCGAAACCGUUCCCUCCCGCACCAGAGCGGCCAGGCUGUGGGGAUGAGGUGGGCGGUGCCACCUGGCGCCACAGCAGGGGAUUGACUAUGCUGGGAGCCCCAUUGAGCACGCCGAAUGUCAUGUCACCAUGCCGGAGGUCAUGUCACCAGGCCGGAGGCUGUGUCGCCAUGCCAAAGGUCACACAUCACCAUGCUGGAGGUCACGCCACCACAUCAAAGGUCACGUCACCACGGUAGAGGUUACACUGCCACAAUAGAGGUCAUGCCACCACAGUAGAAGUCACACCGCCACAGUAGAGGUCAUGUCCCCAUGCUAGAGGUCACAUCAGAGCAGUGCCAGCAUUUACACUUGGUUCAGUUGUGAACACUGUUCGGGUCAGUACCUUCAUUUGGGCAGAGAAUGGAGGCUCUUUCCUUUUUUCCUGUUUACUCCAAAGUCCACCUUUAUUCUCUUCAGUUGUAAACCCUGUUCACUUCACUUUUGUGAGAGAGAAAACAGUCAAUUUUGGCAGCACAUUUGUUUCUCGGACCAUCUUCCGUUCUGUCCUUGCAUUACUGAGGUUAAACUAGAAAUGAAUGUUUGAAACCACUUUCUGCAUUUUGUUAGCCAGAGCUCUCUUUUCUGCCUCUUUACGUGUUUCCUCUAGGGUUUAUUCCGUUUAUAAUCAGAUCACAAAUUUAGUUUAUAGUUGGGAAGUUUUCGCUGUUAAUGCCAGACUGAGCAACUUCCAGGAAUUGAACUCUUUGUGGGAAGUCUGGGUAUCUUGGGCCUUCUGCACGCACUCAAGGUCACCGCCAGGCCUGGAGGGUGUUUCAAGUUUUAGUUCUGGCCACAGACACACUCUGUUGCUCUGUCUUCCUCCCCAGGAAUGAGCUCAUUAUCCACAUUCUCCACCACAUGCGGCCAGAGGCCUUCACUAUGUUCACGGACUACAGGAUGCUCGUGCUCUGUUUCAGAAACACAGAGAGUGAGCUGUACAUGGGCCGAGCAUAGUAUGCUGGGAUUCUUAAUAGAACUUUCUGGGCCACUUGGCAGCUUGGUUUACCAACGGAUGCAGUAAAGGUCUCGUCAUGUCUUGGAAGUGAUGGGGAGAGAUUGAAGAGGACCCUGGAGCCCACUUGGCACACAGCCCCAGGCACAACCUCACUGAAGCUUUGGCCUGGUGUGUUUUCAAGGGAGGUUUCCUGAGAACCAGAGCUCUCUGGUCAAGGUCGCUCAAUGCCAAAGUCAGAAAGUGCAGCUGCCUCCUGUCCGGCCAUGGCAGACACGCCGAUUCGCUCUGCUCUCCAGCCCUGGCGCCACUGCUCUCCUCCUGCCACCAGGAGGCGGGAUGCGCGGGCCGUCGGCACGGGGUGGCCGAGCUCUUCCUGCACCGGAAGGGGCCGUGCGUCCUCCACACCCGCUGUGUGGGACAGUCCCCGUUUGCCUCGCACAUGGAGCGGAGCCCGCGGGGGAGUCUGGCCGGAGCCCGGCAGGGGCGGGGCGCUCUCACAGGAGCGUGCGUGCGUGUGUGCGUGUGUAUUUAUUUGCAGGAGGGGGUGUGCGUGUGCGUCUGCUGUGUGUGUGCGUGCGUGUGCGUGUGCGUGGUGCCUUUCCUGGGCGGGCUGCCUUCCGGGUCUGUUGCUGAUGAGACGCCUCCGCCCCAGACACAACCUUCUCGUGGAUUCGUUUCUCUGCCGACGAACUUGUCUCGUCCAGUCCACGUUUUGCUCUCCCACUCCGGCCUCGACGACGGCGACGGCGGAUUUUCCUACGCACUCCUAUGCAUGUGAACAACAUGUAGUGUAAUUCUGCUUCUUACAGAAGUAUUACCGGAGGUAUGAUUUCCAAUGUUAUUUGGUUUAUCCUGCAAAUCUUUCUGUACGCGCAGGCCCAGCCCUUUGUGCCAAUCCGUGCCAUCCGGUUUCUCCCCCGGGGCCUUUCUCCAGAGGCCGUAUCUGUCGCCUCUGCUUUCUCACGUCCGGGCCCGGUUCUCCGUGGCGGCCCUCGAGCCUGUCGUCCCAAACCAAAGUGAAAGGGAGCAUUUCUCAUGACCUGGUAUUGAAGUGACUUUGUGUCCCCAACGUUGCGUAUGGAACCGUGUUCAGUUGUACACCGCUGGUAGCGGAAGGUAUGUUAAGUGAGCCCAGUCACGCUGUACUUGUGUUCAUAUUUCACAUUAAAUGUGGACCCUGUGACUGUC